ACACGUGUAGUUCAAUUUGGAAAUUUUGAAUAAACUCGGAGGUGAUUUGUAUCACAAUGCCCAAAGUGCGUUCGACGGGGGGCCCUCCCCGAAAACAGGGCUUUAACAAGUCGAACCACUCGAUGAAUCCCGAGCGCCUCAAAGAGGGGCUCAAGGGGGUGGCCAAAGUGCGCUCAAAAUCGACCAUCAAGCGGCUGCAAAUGUACAGAAACUUUAAAGCAAAGCGGGACAAAACUGGAAAAAUUUUAACCCCAGCCCCGUUCCAGGGCCGUUUGCCGUCCGGGACCCAAGCUAGGGUCGAACCGAACCAGAAGUGGUUUGGCAACAGUCGGGUCAUUUCACAAAACGCCCUACAAAAGUUCCAAACCGAGUUGGGCGCCGCUGUAAAAAAUCCCUAUCAGAUGGUUAUGAAACCAACCACUUUGCCCAUCACUUUGUUAAACGAGAAGGCGAAAAAUGCAAGAGUUCACUUGUUGGAUACCGAGAGUUUUGAUAGUGUUUUCGGGCCGAAAAAAAGCAGGAAACGGCCGAAUCUGGCGGUGAAGGGUUUGGACGAGUUGUCGAAAUUAAUUGAAGAAAAACACGAGAAGUACAGUAAUGAGAAAGACUCAAAUAUUGUCAGGGAUGACGGAGGUGUUCGGGACUUGCCCAGGGAUUGGGUCAUGGCAGCAGGACAGUCUAAACGAAUUUGGAACGAAUUGUACAAAGUUGUGGAUAGUUCAGACGUUUUGCUCCAAGUACUAGAUGCCAGGGACCCGAUGGGGACAAGGUCCCCCUAUUUAGAAAAAUUUUUAAAGACGGAAAAGCCCCACAAACACCUGAUUUUUAUUUUGAAUAAAGUUGACUUAGUCCCAACUUGGGCCACUCAAAGGUGGGUUGCUAUUUUAAGUAAGGAGUACCCCACAAUUGCCUUUCAUGCCAGCAUAAUGCACCCCUUUGGCAAAGGGGCCCUGAUUAACCUCCUGAGGCAAUUUGCUAAACUGCACAUUGACAAGAAGCAAAUCUCUGUCGGAUUUAUUGGCUACCCAAAUGUUGGCAAGUCCUCAAUUAUCAACACACUAAGAAGUAAAAAAGUGUGUAAAGUGGCCCCAAUAGCUGGCGAGACUAAAGUCUGGCAAUACAUCACUCUAAUGAGGCGAAUUUACCUGAUUGAUUGUCCCGGAGUUGUUUAUCCAAGCGCUGAAACUGAUACUGAAAAAGUGCUGAAAGGAGUUGUUAGAGUAGAACUUGUAAAUAAUCCAGAAGAUUAUAUUGAGGCAGUUUUGGAACGCGUUAGAAAGGAAUAUUUGGUCAAAACUUACAAAAUUGAGGACUGGACUAGUGCCACUGAUUUUUUGGAAAAGUUGGCACAAAGGUCUGGAAAAUUACUGAAAAAGGGGGAGCCUGAUAUUGGAAUUGUUGCAAGGAUGGUUUUAAAUGAUUGGCAGAGAGGGAAAUUGCCAUUUUAUGUUUCUCCUCCCGGAUUUGAGGAACCUUUGCCUACGACAGAGCAAGACAAUGAAUUGAGUGUUGUACAGGAUUAUAAUAAAAUCAGAGUUGGCUUGCAAUACGAGGGUGAAGAUGUGAAAGAAUUGGAACCAAUCAAAGACAUUGAGAAGGCUGUAGUUGAAAAUGAAGAUAAGGAAGAUGACGAAAAGGAAGAAGAAGACAACAUUGCCAACAAUAGCGAAGUUAAGGACACUGACGAUGCUGGAACAGAAUCUGAUGACUCGUCAGAUUUGAGUAACAUUUACUCUGACAUGGAAGAUUCCAAAGAAACCGAAUAUGCCGUAUCAGCAAGUGGGCCGUUUACUGUUGAAAACAUUGCAAGUAAAAAGCAGAAAAAGGGGCGCAAAGUUGAAGACAUGGCUCUUGGAGGCAAGAAAUUAACAAGCAAGCAACGGCGGGCGAUAGAAAGGGCGCAAAAGCGGAGGAAAAUCGGCAGCAACUUCUACGAAGUUGCGAAUGUUAAGAAUAGGAGUUACAGACCGAAACAUAAAAAAAAUUCAAGUGUUUAGGCUUUAUUUAAAUUUUUAAUAAACAGUUUUCCGAAAUCAAA